AUGUUGACCAUUCCCAAUAUUCUUCUUUUCCUCCACAUGCUUAGAGAUGACCACCAGAUGUUCCAUCACCUUUCCAGGGAUGGAGAUGAUGGAGAAUGGCAUAGCAAUAAUAUCUGCCAGCUCAUCUGCCUGCGCAAUCCAGGAGGCAGCCCAGAAGGGGGGCUGCUCUGCUCUUUCCAGCGCUGCUUCGUUUGCGGCGAGACGGGCGCCGCCAUCACCUGCCAGCAGAAGGGGUGCGACCGCAGCUUCCAUCUCCCUUGCGCCUCAGAGGGUGAAUGUGUCACCCAGUUCUUCGGGCUGUACAGGUCCUUCUGCUGGGAGCACCGCCCAGAGCAGGCAGUGCAGGCCGCUCCAGAGCACAACACCACCUGCAUCAUCUGCCUGGGCCUCGUGGAGGACAAAAAGUCCUACCACACCAUGGUGUGCCCAGCAUGCCAACACGCCUGGUUCCACCGGACCUGCAUCCAGAAGCAGGCUGUCCAUGCCGGCGUCUGCUUCCGCUGCUUGCGUUGCCAAAGCAAAGAUCAGUUCGUGAUGGAAAUGCUCACCAUGGGGAUUCGAAUCUCCAAGAGACAACCGUCACGGGAGAGCGACCAGGCAUUUGGACUGGUGUAUCAGAGGCACAUCCGCUGCAAUGCCAGCAAGUGCCUUUGUCUGGGAGGCAGGGAGCAGGCAGAGGAAGAGGGGUCCUGGCAGAUGCUCCUGUGUAGCUCCUGCGCAGCCAAAGGCAUCCACAGGCGCUGCUCCUACCUGAGGAACAGCGCAACCACCUGGCAGUGUGACUGCUGUGCUGGCCUGGGCCCUGGCGCCAGUGACAAGUCAGAGCUUGCCAGCAUCAGAACCGCCAGCCAGGCGGCAUCGGGGCUGUCCCAUGGCUCCCUGGUGCCUGAGAGCAGCAGGCCCAGCACCAUCACCUACACACCACCGGGGCCAUCCCGCAGCUCCCCAGGGCCUGAAAGCAGCAGCCGCUCCAGCCACCUUGGGCCAGACCGCAUCCGGCACCGCUCACGCUUACAACAUCGGGCGCAAAAGCCAUACAGCCGGCCUGGCAAACCCCGUGGGACCAGCCAUGUGCCAGCUCCAAGUGUCGAGCCGAGCAGCCCCAGCACUGCCUGGCAGAUGGCGCUGGGGCUGUUCCUCGGUUUGCUGGCGCUCCAGAGGAGCAGCUCCACCUCUGCCAGCCAGGCAGCGUCGGGGCUGUCCCGUGGCGCUCUGGUGCUCGAGAGCAGCAGCCGCUCCAGCCACCCUGGGCCAGACCGCAUCCGACACCACUCACGGUUACAACAUCGGGCGCAAAAACCAUACAGCCGGCCUGGAAGAUGCUGCUGA